AUGAAGAUAAUUGCAUAUUUUUGCAUUUGGGCAGUAGCAUGGACCAUUCCAGUUCCUCAAAGCAAACCACUGGAGAGGCAUGUCGAAAAGUCCAUGAAUUUGCAUCUCCUAGCAAGAUCAAACGUGUCAGAACAGGAUAAGUUAAAUGUCAGUGGAACCAUCAAAGAAAGUGGUGUCCCCGUGUGUGAAGGUGAUAAAGGAAGGCAAGAGAAUACCCAAGAUGGUCACAAGGGAGAAGGGAAUGGCUCUGAGUGGGCAGAAGUAGGAGGGAAGAGUUUUUCUACAUAUUCCACAUUAGCAAACGAAGAGGGGAAUAUUGAGGGCUGGAAUGGGGACACAGGAAAAGCAGAAACAUAUGAUCAUGAUGGAAUACACGGGAAAGAAGAAAACACCACAGCAAAUGGCAUCCAAGGACAAGUAAGCAUCAUUGACAAUGCCGGAACCACAAACAGAAGCAACACUAAUGGAAAUACUGAUAAGAAUACCCCAAAUGGGGAUGUUGGAGAUGCAGGUGGCAAUGAAGAUGUCACUGUUGUCCAAGAAGAUGGACCCCAAGUAGCUGGAAGCAAUAACAGUACAGACAAUGAGGAUGAAAUAAUUGAGAAUUCCUGUGGAAAUGAGGGUAAUACAAGUGAAAUAACACCUCAGAUCAACAGCAACAGAAAUGGGACUAAGGAGGCUGAGGUAACACCCAGCACUAGAGAAGAUGCAGGCCUGGAUAAUUCCGAUGGGAGUCCUAGUGGGAAUGGAGCAGAUGAGGAUGAAGACAAGGGUUCUGGUGAUGAUGAAGAUGAGGAAACAGGGAAUGGAAAAGACAGUAAUGAUAACAGCAAGGGACAGGAGGGCCAGGAUGGCCAGGACCACGGGAAAGAAGAUGAUCAUGAUAGUAGCACAGGUCAAAAUUCGGAGAGUAAUGAAGAUUAUGACCCUGAAGGCAAAGAAGCUCCCCAUAAUGACGCUGAUGGAGACAACACCUCCAAGAGUGAGGAGAAUUCUGCUGGUAUUCUGGAAGACAAUCUCAGCCAAAGAAUGGAGGACACCCAGAAACUCAACCACAGAGAAAGCAAAGGUGUAGAAAACGGAAUCACCAAAGAAUCAGAGCCACACGCUGUUGGGAAGAGCCAAGAUAAGGGAAUAGAAAUCAAAGGUCCUAGCGGUGGCAACAGAAAUAUUACCAAAGAAGUUGGGAAAGUCAAUGAAGAUAAAGAGGAUAAAGGACAACAUGGAAUGAUCUUGGGCAAAGGAAAUGUCAAGACACAAGGAGAGGUUGACAACAUAGAAGGACCUGGCCAAAAACCAGAACCAGGAAAUAAAGUUGGACACAGCAACACAGGUAGUGACAGCAAUAGUGAUGGAUAUGACAGUUAUGAUUUUGAUGAUAAGUCCAUGCAAGGAGAUGAUCCCAAUAGCAGUGACGAAUCUAAUGGCAAUGAUGAUGCUAAUUCAGAAAGUGACAAUGACAGCAGUAGUCGAGGAGAUGCUUCUUAUAACUCUGAUGAAUCAAAAGAUAAUGGCAAUGGCAGUCACUCAAAAGGAGAAGAAGAUGAUGACAAUGAUAGUACAUCAGACACUAAUAAUAGUGACAGUAAUGGCAAUGGUAACAAUGGCAAUGAUGACAAUGACAAAUCUGACGGUGGCAAAGGUAAAUCAGAUAGCAGUGACAGCAGUGAUAGUAGUGACAGUGAUAGUAGUGAUAGCAGCAAUAGCAGUGAUAGUAGUGACAGCAGUGACAGUGACAGCAGUGAUAGCAACAGUAGCAGUGAUAGUAGUGACAGCAGUGACAGUGACAGCAGUGAUAGCAACAGAUGCGGUGAUAGUAGUGACAGCGGUGACAGUGACAGCAGUGAUAGCAACGGUAGCGGUGAUAGUAGUGAUGGUGACGGUGACGGCAGUGAUAGCAACAGUAGCAGUGAUAGUGGUGACAACAGUGACAGUGACAGCAGUGAUAGCAACAUUAGCAGUGACAGUAGUGACAGCAGUGAUAGCAGUGAUAGUAGUGAUAGUAGUGACAGCAUUGACAGUGACAGCGGUGAUAGCAGUGACAGUGAUAGUAGUGAUAGCAGCAAUAGCAGUGACAGUAGUGAUAGCAAUAGCAGUGACAGUAGUGGUGAUAGCAGUGACAGUGAUAGUAGUGAUAGCAGCAAUAGCAGUGACAGUAGUGAUAGCAAUAGCAGUGACAGUAGUGACAGCAGUGAUAGCAGCAACAGUAGUGAUAGUAGUGACAGCAGCAACAGUGACAGUAGUGAUAGUAGUGACAACAGCGACAGCAAGUCAGACAGCAGCAAAUCAGACAGCAGUGAUAGUGACAGUAAGUCAGACAGCAGUGACAGCAACAGCAGUGACAGUAGUGACAAUAGUGAUAGCAGUGACAGCAGCAAUAGCAGUGACAGCAGUGAUAGUGAGAGCAGCAGUAGCAGUGACAGCAGCAACAGCAGUGAUAGUAGUGACAGUAGUGACAGCAGCAAUAGUAGUGACAGCAGCAACAGCAGUGACAGUAGUGAUAGUAGUGACAGCAGUGAUAGUAGUGACAAUAGCAAUAGCAGUGACAGCAGUGAUAGCAGUGACAGCAGCGAUAGCAGUGACAGUAGUGACAGUAGCAAUAGUAGUGACAUAAGCAAUGGCAGUGACAGCAGCGAUAGUAGUGACAGCUUACUUAAUAACAAUAACACUCAACAUCUCCUAUUAACAAAUAAUAACAAUGUAAUAAAUGAAAGUAACCGGCGGUAGCGGUGACGGCAUUAGCAGUGACUGGCAAGCGAUAGUAGUGACAGCAGCAAUAGCAGUGACAGCAGCGAUAGUAGUGGCAAUAGUAGUGACGGCAAUAGCAGUGACAGCAGUGAUAGCAGUGACAGCAGCAAUAGUAGCAACAGCAGCGAUAGCAGCGACAGCAGCGAUAGCAGUGACAGCAGCGAUAGCAGUGACAGCAGCAACAGCAGUGAUAGCAGCGACAGCAGUAACAGCAGUGAUAGUAGUGACAGCAGCAACAGCAGUGACAGCAGUGAUAGCAGCAAUAGCAGCAAUAGCAGUGACAGGGUGACGGCAGUGAUAGUGGCGACAGCAGUGGCAGCGGGCGAUAGUAACGGUGACAGCAGUGACAGCAGUGAUCGCAGCGACAGCGGUAAGUAGUGACUUGAUGAUAGCAGUGACAGCAGCGAUAGCAGUAACAGCAGUGACAGUAGUGACAGCAGUGAUAGCAGUGACAGCAGCGAUAGUAGUGACAGCAGUGACAGCAGUGACAGCAGUGAUAGCGAUAGCAGUGAUAGCAGUGACAGCAGCGACAGCAGUGAUAGCAGUGACAGCAGCAACAGCGACAGCAGUGAUAGCAGUGACGGCAGCGAAGCAUGAGGCAGCGGUGAUAGCAGUGACGGCAGUGCGGCCCGUGACGGCAGUGAUAGCAGUGACGGCAGCUGUAUUGGCAGUGACAGCAAUAGCAGUGACAGCAGUGAUACAGCAACGCUUGGCGACAGCAGUAAUGCCAGUGACAGCACAUCUGACGGCAGUGAUGAGAGUGACAACCAGGCCAAGUCUGGUAAUGCAGUAGCAACAAUGGAAGCUAACAGCAGUGACAGCAGUGAUAGCAGUGACAGCAGCAAUAGCAGUGACAGCAGUGAUAGUGACGGCAGCAACAGCAGUGCUAGCAGUGACAGCAGCAAUAGCAGUGACAGCAGCAACAGCAGCGACAGCAGUGAUAGCAGUGACAGCACAUCUGACAGCAGUGAUGAGAGUGACAACCAGAGCAAGUCUGGUAAUGGUAACAACAAUGGAAGUGACAGUGACAGUGAAGGCAGUGACAGUAACCACUCAACCAGUGAUGAUUAGAACAAAAGAAAACCCAUAAGAUUCCCUUUGUGAAAAGUUUGGUGAUGGGAUAGGAAAAAAAGAUUUCCAAGAAA